AUGAACUUGGGAGCAAAGGGAAAACGCUUAGUGCUGCACUUUGAUGUAAAUAAGACUGUGGUCAUGAAGGAUUCCAGUAAAGGUUUGUCUUCAGUCACUAUGACAGUCUGCAACAUAUUAGCUAAUGCAGUUUGGGGAAGACUAGUGUCUAAAAAGAUAGCUGCUGAUAAAGAGGAAAUUCAAUGGACUCUUGCUUAUGACUAGCUGACUGAGAAGAGACCAGUACAUCUAAUCACUGAAGAACAGCCAGAUGAAAUCAUUAGUUUCAGAGAGUAUCUUGACAGAUAUUUCCCUCUAAAGUCUAAAUAAUAAAUUCCUGAUAACGCCGAAAGAGAUAGAGCUAACCAAGAGAAUGACGUCAUAAGAAACACCAAACUCAUCAACUUUACAAAGCCAGGAAACCCAGGCACCAAGUUUAAGAAUCAUUUCGAGAAGAUGAUCAAGUCUCUGAGCUUGCCUAAAGCUGCUAGAGAAGAACUAGGAAUACCAGAAGAUGCUGGAAAUCAAGUAUUUUCAAAGGGAUUGUCUUAAGGUGAACUCGGACAAGUAGUUCCAACUGAAGGAGAAAAAAGUGCAAUGGAAGGAGGCAGAGAGACUUCUUAGUUCUCCCAACCAAAUAUUCAUGAUGAUGACGAUGAAGAUGAUAAGAGGAAAAAGAAAGGUAAUGAGGAAGAAAAGGGAGAUGAAGAGAUUAAGACUCUUAUGAACCUCUUUGGCGAGGGAAAAUAUCACUUGAUUCCAUCAUUCUUCAGAACAUUAAUUUAUCUUAAGAAGGCAAAGAAGGAGUUUGCUUUGGUUUUCAGAACUUUUGGAGACGAUCUGAACAAUGUCGUAUUUGAGUUCAAUAAAUUCUGUAACGGUGAUCAUCCUUGCUAUAGUGGUAGAGGAGGCACACCUUAAGUCAAGUUUGAUGGUGGCAAAAACACCAAGGAUCUCAGAAUCAAAGACAGGUCUCAGAAGGGUUUGUACUACAGAGAUGGUGUAGAGACCAAUCAAAGUGCUCUUGUAACUGGUUCUCUUAGAAGAACGACUAAAGAAGACAAUAUUGCUGAUUUCUAUUCAGGCGAGGUUGAAGAAGGCACUGUGAAUAUCUAUAGGGACCCUAUAGAUCAAUACGUUUCUAUCCUAGAAACUCUUAAAAAGAGAUCUACAAUGGCUAUUCAAGAUGACUUCAUUUAAUGGCAAAAGACUGGCUUUGCAAAGAUCGGAGGCAAAUUACUGCUAGUUGAUCAAGCUGACUAUGGAACAUAACACAUAUUCUUUGAUGAUAAUGCUGGAGAAGAGAACGAUUGUAACGUCGAUGUAAGAGACGUAAUCAAUGGUGAAGCAAUUGCCUAUAGAAAGUUCAUUAAUAAGUAUGUGAUAAAGGUAGAGCCUCACAGAGCAAUCCUUGAACCAGAUUAUUUCAUUAAGCUUAUCGAAACAGCCGAGCAGAAAAGAGAUGAAGAGAUUGAAAAAAUCGAGCAAGGACUUGAUUCAGAGGAUGAGGGUUAAAGAAAUCAAUCUUUAGAGAAUGAAUGGGAGAAAUUGCAAAAUUUACCAAAUGAGGAGUAUCUAAUGAAAACUGUACUUCCAGUACUCUAUCAAGGAAUGAGAGUAGUUGACUUAGAGAGACCUGUGAGUCCUUUGGAAUACCUAGCCAUCUACCUUCUCAAGCAUCAGGAUUAGAUUAAGCUUCCACCUAAGCCAUAAUAAUAGAAUCAAGGAGCUUCCUUAUGA